AUGACUGAAAACAACAAUACAAAGGACCCGGAUACGGGAUUAAAGGAAGAAGAAAUGAUUGCUGUUGAAGAUAGUUGGAGCAUGCUGUACCGCAAAGAGCACAGGAAGGAAAGUGGAGUCAAGCUUUUUGUAAGAUUAUUCGCACUUUAUUCAUCGGCCAUCGAAACGUUCCCACAGUUCAGAGGUAGCUCUUUGGAGGAAGUCGGUAAACAUCCAAAAAACCCUGCGCAUGCGAUGUCUGUUAUGUACGCACUGGCCUCCUACGUGGACAACCUAGAGGACGCAGAACUGCUGGUGGAAUUAGUCAAGAAGACAUCGAUCAGCCAUAUUGAACGCGGCGUUGGUUCUAGGGAAUUUAAGUGGGUGACGGAAAUUGUACCGGAUUGGCUAGAUGAAACACUAGAAGACGAAUGCACGGCCCUCAUGAAAUCUUCUUGGGUUAAAUUGCUUAAUGUACUGGUAGCUGUGAUGAGUGGAGAGGAACAGAACACGAAGGCGUAG